CAAGCUGUCACCUGAAUGGCUGAGUGGUCAUUGUCCAGCGGCAUCCUACCUAAGCAUCUGUGGUCAUACGUGUCGGGGGGGCCUGUACAUGUUGCUCAUGAACCUUGGACUUGUCAACUAGGGCCCUGGUUCAACCGCUUUGCUUCACUACCAUUACCAGAAAUAGCAAUGCAGCACAUGGUAGCACACAACAUGGGCUUGUUUGUGCCACUCAUCGCCUUGAUUCUCUUGGUCGUUGGAGGAGGAGGGUGGCACACGAGUUUUGCCAAUGCCGCCGUAAUGACAACACGAAAAUCGGAGACGCCGACGACGUACUGGGAGACACUCCUUCCUAGAACUCCAAUGCCCCCAGCUGUCAGUGACCUGCUAGCCGAACGAAAUGUGCUUGAGUCUCUAGCUGGCGUUAAUAUCAGUCCCAAUAACCUGAAGUUUGUGAAAGGACUGCGAAAAAUUGGACCAAACUAUGAUAAAGUAAAGUCAGAACCUGUUCAUGGGGAUAAGCAUGUUCAUAUUGCAUCGCAAGCUGAAGUUGGUGUAAAGGAGAUAUCUGUAUCAUAUGGGUCCCAGGCACAUAGACCAGAAAUGGAAGAAAAAUUAAAGGAAAUCUCAGUGUCGUAUGGGUUAGGAGGUGAUGAAAGGGAUACAAAGAAACUUCUGGUAAAUUUAAAGAAUAUCUUAGCAGCAUAUAGACUACAAAAACAAGAAAAUCUGAAAGAAAUAUCUGUAUCAUAUGGAUCAAAAGGUGGAGAGGACCUAAAAGAAAUCUCAGUUUCAAAUGGGUCAGAAGGUGAAAAGGAUUUGAAAGAAAUCUCGGUCUCAUAUGGGUCAGAAGGUGAAAAGGAUUUAAAAGAAAUCUCAGUUUCAAAUGGGUCAGAAGGUGAAAUCUCAAUGUCUUAUGGGGUAGAAGGUGGAGAUGGUGUAAAGGAAAUCUCGGUGUCAUAUGGCACUGCACAAACUAAAAGACCAAAUGAAGUCAUGUCUUAUAGGACAAAGCAAGAAAAUCUGAAGGAAAUCUCCGUGUCGUAUGAGUCGCAUGAAGGCAAAGAUGAACAAAAUGAAGUUUUGGACAAAGGUGAAGAGGGUCCAAACAAAGAUCCCCAUAAAGUUACAAUGUCAUAUGGGCCAGAACAUGAAGAUGAUCCACAUAAAGCCACAAUGUCCUAUGGGUCAGAACAAGAAGAGGAUCCCCAUAAAGUUACAAUGUCUUAUGGGUCAGAACAAGAAGACGAUCCGCAUAAAGUCACAAUGUCCUAUGGAUUAGAGCAAGAAGAUGAUCCACAUAAAACUACAAUGUCCUAUGAAGAGGAUCCGAAGACGGUUUCUACAGGACACAAGACACACACAGAUGCUUCAGGAGAGGGGACUCACCACCACCAUGCUCACGCUCACAACCACAAUAACAUAAGACAGCAGGCCGACGUCUUCUUCUUCCACGACAUGCUGCGACCAGGUUCCAUCAUCACCCCGACCAUCCCGCCAACCACCUCCCUGCCGGCUCUUCUUCCCCGCAGCGUCGCUGGCUCCAUCCCGUUCUCCAGCGAACGCCUCCCCGACAUCAUCUCCAUGUUCGCACCAGCGUCCCUCUCGAUGACCCGAGAGAUACGGUGGACGUUGGACACCUGCGAGCGCCCACGGACGCUCCCCGGCCAAAGCGCCGGCUGCGCCACCUCCCUCGAGUCCCUCGCCGAGCUACCUCCGUCCCUCCUCAGGACACGUAACGUCCGAGCGUUCUCCGCCGCCGAAUUGCCCGUCGAAGCUCCGGGCACGCGCGCACUGCGCGGGAGGUACAAUGUGACGGCCGUCCGUAUGGUCUCCGGUGAGUCGUCGGAGAUCGUGACCUGCCAUGAUCUGAUGUACCCGUACGCGGUAUACUACUGCCACACGGCCAACCCUACAUCCGCAUACACGGUGACGCUGACGAGCGUGGAUGACGGCGUGGUGCCGAAGACAAUGGAGGUUCUGACGGUGUGCCACCUCGACACGUCCAACUGGAGCCCGAAGAACCCCUUCUUUGAGCUCCACAACCUCAAGCCGGGGGAGGUGACCGUGUGCCACUUCCUCACGAAGCUAAGCAUUAUCUGGGUUCCGGUUAGUGAGUAGGGAGAAGCACACGCAACGGCCCGGUAGAUGUGAACGCGCAUGACGCGUGUGGGGUUUAUGGUGUGCGUGAGCAUAUCAUGUGGACGGGUCUACGACUAUGUACUUGCAUCUAUCGAUAUGCAGUGUGUGAAAUAAUAAUGUGUAAGAACUUUGGGCCGAAACACAA